AUGGAACCAGGUAAAAUAUAUCAGGAUCCUAAUUUACACUUGAAUGACCAAGAAUGGCUUCAAAUGGAUGAAGUGACAGAUCGUCUUAGUGCUUUAACAGGCCCAUCUACUUUACAAUCAUUAAUGGAUACUAUUAGUAAAGGAGUAAUGGAUAGAAUUAUGCCUUUCUUACCAAAUAAGAAAAAUAAUACUUCUAAUGAUGGUAUGGAUGAAAUUACUAAGGGUAUGUCAGAAUUAUCAAUAAAUAAGGCUAUAGCCAAAGGUGUAUCUAAAGGUAUAUCACAAGGAAUGAAGGAAAAAAAAGGAUCGAAAUCUCGAAUUUCCAACUCAUCCAAACCUCGCAAGUCAAAGCAGACCUCUCCAGAAGAAAUCCGUGAAAUUGUUAUGGAUAUAUUAAAAGAACUAUUACCUCUAUAUUUGUUACAAAGUCUUAAACCCAAUUUCAACCCUAUAAGGCCUGCUUUCACAGAAAAGCUACCCUCCAUUCAAGAUAGACCCGAAGAGUCUUUGCAAAGCAAUAAUAAUUACCGAGAACCAAUCCCCGAAAUACCUGAUUCAGAUGAGGAGGAUGAGACUUUGGAUGAUCCUAUGGAGAUAGAUUUUGUCCGUCGGAAAGAACCGGUAAUUAGUAUUGCGACUAUACCAGUUAAAAUUAAACGCUUAAAAAUUCCAGCAUUGGUACUAGAUAGUGGCGCCGAACCUGCAAUUGUAUCAGAAGAUAUCGUUAAACGUGUAGGUGGGGAAAUAGAUAAGUCGGAAAAAUAUGAUCUUAGUGGUGUUGCUACUGUUUCAACAGAAUCUGUUGGUAUUACUCGUAAUUUACCGAUAACAUUUUCUCCAGGUUUUACUAUACAUGAAGAUUUUGUAGUUGUACAAGUUCCUAAACCGACAUUAAUAUUCCCAAAUCCACUUCUUAAAAAAUAUAAAUGUGCUGUAGAUUGGGGGGGUAAUGAUAAAAUGAAAAUCCAUUACAAUGGAGAAGAUUUUAUUAUUCCGGUCACUAUGUACAAAGUCAAGAAUAAACUCGAAGAGGCGGAUAGUAAUGAGAGCGAUAAUGAUCCAUUGGAGGAAUGGCAUGCUCCUGCGGGUUUUAGCCUAGAUUCCGAUAAUUCGACUUUAAAAAAAAAACGUAUGAGUUAUGAGGCGUUAGAAAAAUCGCUAUAUACUACUCUCCAGUCUAAGGCUGAAAUAAAUGGUCUUUGUGAAAAGUUGCAAAUGCGUUAUGAAAAGCUACUCGAAUGUAUCUCCUCUAGAGAUGAUAGCGUAAAUAAAGAAAAGAUAGACUAA